GUUAUUGGGUGAGGAGGAUUCCCGGCCUGGCACUAAAACUACAAGGGAGGGCCAGGCUUGAGGAGGCCGGCUUAUGGACGCGUCGCGGACGUGCCUCUGACUCCCGGCCGACCCCUCCCUCCGCCUCUCCUACUCCUUCUGGGUAAGGGAUCUGAAUGAGAACAGGGGGACCGGUCGCACAUCCAGCGCUGUAGCGGCCCGAGGGAAAGUGAUCCAAGGCGGUCUAUAGGAGAUAUAGAACCUGAAAUACUAAUAAUACUAGAGAACUUUUAAGGAAAGCACGAUGGAGUUUUAUGAGUCCACAUAUUUUAUUGUCUUGGUCCCGUCUGUGGUCAUCACGGUUAUCUUUCUCUUCUUCUGGCUCUUCAUGAAAGAGACCUCUUAUGAUGAGGUCUUUGCAAAGCAGAAAAAAGACCAGAAGCCCCCUCCCGUCAAGAUAGAAAAAAAGAAAACAGACAAAAAAAAGAACAAGAAGAAAGAACCCCAGAAUGGCAACCUGCAUGAAUCCGACUCUGAAACAGCUAUGCGCGACUUUGAUUUGGGAGAUGCUCUCUCCAGUGAGGAAGAACAUGUUGUCCCCACCCCUGUUGUUUCGGCAGAGCCAUUAGGAAAUAUAAGGGAACGAAAGAAAAAAGACAAGAAACCGUCAAAACCAGUUGAGGAACAAGCCAACAAGGAAAUCAAUGGAACAAAAUUACCAAGUAAGAAACCAGAACCUGUUCCAGUUACCAAACAGCCAACACCACCAGCACCAGAUACCGGAGUAGCCAAGAAGAAAGCCGGGCAGAAGAAGCAAAAGAACGGAAGAGAUGAUUCGCCACUGAGUCCUGAGACAAAGAAUGAACAAGUUGUCCCCUCUUCUAAAAAACAAGAGCCUCUUAGCCCACCGGUUGAGGAUAAACCACAAGAGAGCGGGGCAGGAGGGAAGAAGAAAUCUUCUGUUAAAAAGCAAAAAGUAGAAAAUGUUUCAGCCUUAGUGGACGAGCCAUUAAUUCAGCCCACUGUUUAUAUCCCAUUAAUGGACAACUCGGAAGUGAAUGUGGUUGAAAAGAAAGAGAGGGCCAACUUGGAGAAAUCUGAAUUGCCCGAGAAGCUCCCAAAAACCGGUGGCAAGAAGAUGAAGACCGUUACAGAUAAAGAAAAUGCUGAAGUGAAGUUUAAGGAUCUUCUUGUGAGCCUGAGGAGCAUGAUGUUUACAGAAGAAGAUGCGAUGUCUCUGGUGGAUGUGCUGAAGGCUAAAUCAAACUCUGUACAAGAAAUUGUAAACAAGGCCAACAGGGGAGAUGCAGCUGCCGCCCUUCACCAGCUGAAGGAAAAGGAAAAGCAGCUUAUUGCGGCCAAAGACGAAUCUGCAAUAGUGAAGGAACAGUGCAAACAGCUCACACAGGAGCUUGUAGCAGAAAAGCAAAAGUUGAACUUGGUUGAGUCAAAGGCACGGGAGCGGAUAACUCUGCUGGAGAAAGAGCAUGGGGUUUAUCAGAGCAAGAUGCACAGCAGCUACCAAGAGGCACAGCAAAUGCAACUGAAGUUUCAGCAGGUUCGAGAGCAGUUGGAUAAUCAGAUAUCGCACCUCAAACAGGAAAACAGUAUUCUACGAGAUGCCGUCAGCUCAGCCACCAAUCAGAUGGAGAGCAAGCAAUCUAGUGAUCUUAACAAGCUUCGCCAGGAUUAUGCCAGGUUGAUGAAUGAGCUGACUGAAAAGAAUAACAGGGUGGCGCAAGAGGAACUGCAGAAGAAGAACUCAGAACAAGCUGCAGUACAACUAAAGGCACAGAUGCAAGAGGCAGAGCGGAGCUGGAAAGAAAUUGAAAAGUACCUACGAGCAAGAAUUUCGGAAUUCGAAGUAGCACAGCAAGACUUGCAAGGAAAGCUGAUCUCCAAGGAUAGUGAAGUUCAGAGCCUACACAGCAAACUUACAGACACCAUGGUCUCCAAACAACAGCUGGAACAGAAAAUCAUGCAACUCAUGGAUGCAGGCCAAGGGGAAAGUCUCCAGGUGCAGGAUCUGGUGAAACAAAAUGAAGCUCUGAAUGCCCAGGUUCAAAAAUUCCAUACACAGAUUGCAGCUCAGUCCUCUGCAACAGUCAUUGUUGAAGAACUGCAAAAAACGGUUGUUGAGAAGGAUAAGGCGAUCAAACAAAUGCACGAUUCUCUUACUCACGAACAUGCCAAUUUCACCAACAGUAAAGAGGAGCUCAAGACGGUUCAGAGAGACAACAUGGCACUAAAAUCAGAGUUGCAGUCUCUUCACUCUGCAAAGGAUGAAAAGGUUGCCCUAACCCAUGCGCUGGAACAGAUGAAAAGAAGUGCCAUAGAAAAAGAGGAGCAAAUAAGAAUAUUGAAUGAAAGACUCAAUACUGAGCUUGCAAAGGUGUCCAGCAACAUAGCGGAUUUUAAGGCUAAUAAGGAUGCUUUGGGACAGUUGGAGAAUAGUAUGCAAGAGAAAGACGAGAAAAUCAAAACCGUAGAGGAACUUCUGGAGAGUGGGCUCAUACAGCUGGCCAACAAAGAAGCAGAACUGAGGGCAAUGAGAGAUGAAAAUAAAUCCUUGACAUCAAGCUUGAAAGCCCUAAAGGAGCAGCAAUCUGCACAGAUAUCACUCACUUCUGUUGUGGAAGAACUUAAAAAUCAGGUACACGAGAAGGAGGGAACCAUAAAAUCUGUGCAAGAUCUUCUCCAGGCCGAGCAGCAGAAAACCAACAGCCAGGAGGCAACUGUUAAGGCAUUGAACCAGGAAAUCGAGUCUCUGAAGGAAGCUUUAGGAAAUAGCCAGCUUGAAAAGGCUGAACAGAUUUCCAAUGGAGCACAAGUGCAGGAUCUACAGAAUAAGCUGAGAAGCAAAGAAGAAUCAUUAAAAAACAUAGAAAUGCGAUUCAAAGAACGUGAGAAAGAUAUUGCUGAUCGGGAGAGACAAAUCCAGGAUUUGGAUAAAGAAUGUAAAGUUCUGAAAGCUCAUACUGAAGAAGUAAAAAAGCAACUACAACAGCAAGAGUCUACAUCCGCACAAGCUGAGAAUCUCCAAAGUCGGCUGGUAGAGCAAGAAGAGAAGGUUAGAAACAUGGAGGCCACACUGCUAGAGAAGGAGAAAUCUAUUAAUGACAAAUCUCAGGAACUACAGGUUUUAAGAGCUGAAAACAAUGUUUUGAAGGUUCAGGCCUGUGAACUGCAACAGAAACACGAGCAGCAAAUAGAACAGGUCUCAUCUGCUGUCCAUAGUGAAGAUCUAUUAAAGACACUUGCAGAGAAAGACCGACAUAUAACAGAGCUACAGAGUGAACUGGAAUCGCUAAAAUCUGCUGUGGAACAGCAACGAAAGAAGAAUAAUGACCUUCGGGAGAAAAACUGGAAAGCAAUGGAAGCUUUGGCAUCCACUGAAAAAAUGCUACAAGAGAGAAUGAACAAGACAGCCAAGGAUCAGCAGCAUCUUGCCCAAACAGCUGAGACACAAACCAGGCAGAUCCUGCAGAAUCUUUUCCCCAAUGUGUCGGUUUCAGCAGGUUUGUGUCACAGUGAUUGGGUUCAGGAGUUUGAGAAAGGAGCAAGGAAUUGUUUAAAUGAAAGUGCGGAAGCUGAGAAAUUGAACGUUAUGGAGCAGAAGCUGAAGGAAGGAGAGGAGAUCCAUGUAAUGUUGCAGCUUGAGUGUGAAAAGUACAAAUCUGUGCUGGCAGAAACGGAAGGAAUUCUACAGAGGCUGCAGCGCAGUGUGGAGGAAGAGGAAGGGAAGUGGAAGCUGAAGGUUGAUGAAUCACAGGAGGAACUUAAUAAGGUGUAUAGCACGGUUCAUACAAUGGAAAAGGAACUGGAGAAUUUGAGAAAGAAAGACAAGGAAGCAGAAAAUUUGCGAAAGGAUAUAGAUCAUUUGGCAUCCGAGCUGGAGAAAGCGGAAUCAGAAAGAACCACUUAUGUUUCUGAAGUCAGAGAGCUCAAAGAUCUGUUGACUGAAUUGCAGAGAAAGCUUGAUGGUUCAUAUUCAGAAGCCAUAAGGCAGAAUGAAGAGCUGACUUUGCUGAAGUCUCAGCUGAACGAAACAUUACUGAAACUGGAAGGAGAACAGAGUGAGCGGCAGAAAGUAGCAAGUGAUCUGCAUGAGGUCCAGAAAUCACUGGAUCUCAUUCAGCUGGAAAUACUCAAAGCAUCAGGGGACUCCAAUGUCAUUGAGAACAGCGACAUUUCUCCAGAAAUGAAGGAGCAAGAAAAGAAAGAGAAGAUAAUGACAAGUUUAAGCCAGACAUUGACAAAGUUACAGCAGUGUCUUCAGGCAGUAAACCAGCAACUUACUAAGGGAAGAGAAAAUUUUCAGAUAAUAGGAUAACUUCACAGAGGGAACACUCGGCUGAGGACGGAGCAGGAGGCAUUGUAUUAUAUUUUGCCAAAAUAAAGCCUUAUUUAUGUUUUCACCCUUUCUACUUUGUCAGAAACACUGAACAGAGCUACAUCUUUUUCUAACGUCUUGUUAAACUACUGAUUUAAGACAGGGAAAAUCUCUCCGCAUACAGUUUAGUUUUAUAGUAAAAAAAAACAAAAAAGAGAGAGAGAGAAACCUGAUAAAAUCUGUUUGCAUAUGUAGGUCUUUACAUUCCUGGAGAAGCAGUAAAAAAAAAAAAAGAAGAAAAGUACGUUUAGCCUAUUUUGCUGAAUACAGACUAAUCCAGAAGAUUCAACUAUGGCAGAGAUACAAAUGUAAGAAUUCUAUAUAUCAUUUUAUUACAGAUAUUGUACACUCUUUUACUUAAAUACACUUUGGGAGUAGAUGCCUCUGAUUUCAACCUCAAGUAAACACUCCUUUUUGGUUGCUAAUUCAACCCGUUUUUGUAAUGGUGUCAGCAAAUAAAAGGAAACUUAUUCAAACGCCGCCUUCUUUAUGAGCUCAGUCACUAUUGUGGAGCUUUACUUGUUUUAAAAUAAAACUCUAAAAAGCUAUGCAUACUCAAUAAAAUGACAACAAAUACA